CUCUAAGCAUCCUAGACCCUUCCAAAUAAUUAAAAUUUCCAAUACAAAUUAAAAACAAAAAUAUUGCUAAUUUUAAAAAAUGAAGCCUCCACUGCCUUCUUCUUCCUCAGGUGUUCUUAGAAAGCCUCGUCUGUCCCCUUACCUCUUCACUUUGUUAACUUUCAUUGUUUUCGUUGCUAUUCUCUAUGGAGAAGACUUCAUCUGCAUUUUUGGACAGUUAGAACCAAUACCCGGCCUAGCUAUCUCUAGUCCAGUGAAGAAAAGAGCGAAAUUGCCAUUCGCUAUAGGGAAGAGUGAAGAGAAAUGUGAUAUAUUCCAAGGGAGGUGGGUUAGGGACGAGUUGACUCGUCCUCUCUAUCAAGAAUCGGAGUGUCCGUACAUCCAACCACAGUUGACGUGUCAAGAACAUGGAAUACCCGACACAGAGUAUCAGAAAUGGAGAUGGCAACCCCAUGGUUGUGAUCUUCCUAGUUUCAAUGCGACAUUAAUGUUGGAGACCCUAAGAGGGAAACGAAUGAUGUUCGUGGGAGACUCAUUGAACCGAGGCCAAUAUGUAUCAUUAAUCUGCCUUCUUCACAGCCUCAUCCCUAAGCAUGCAAAAUCCAUGAAAUCGUACAACAAUGAUGCCCUUACUGUGUUUCGAGCCAAGGAUUACAAUGCCAGCAUAGAAUUUUACUGGGCUCCAUUCCUUCUCGAAUCGAACUCGGAUAACGCAGUUGUUCACAGGAUAUCGGAUCGGAUCGUGAGAAAAGGCUCCAUAACUAAGCAUGGGAAGCACUGGAAGGGCGUUGAUAUAUUGGUUUUCAACACCUAUCUGUGGUGGAUGACUGGAUUGGAGAUGAAGAUCUUGAAAGGGUCGUUUGAGGAUGAGGAGAAAGAAAUAAUUAAAGUGUCGACCGAGGAUGCUUAUCGUAUGGCAAUAAAAAGCAUGCUGAGAUGGUUGAAGAUAAAUAUGGACCGCAAGAAGACCAGAGUGUUUUUCACCAGCAUGUCACCUACUCAUGCAAAGGGCAUUGACUGGGGAGGUGAAGCAGGGGAGAAUUGUUACAACCAAACAAGCAUGGUUGAAGAUCCAAAUUAUUGGGGUUCGGACAGUAGAAAAAGCAUAAUGGAAGUGAUUGGGGAAGUGCUGGAAAAACCCAAGUUUCCGGUCACAUUUCUCAACAUCACUCAACUGUCGAGCUACCGCAAAGAUGCGCACACAUCGAUUUACAAGAAACAAUGGAAUCCGUUGACGCCGGAGCAGUUAGCCAACCCUGUUAGCUAUGCCGAUUGCGUGCAUUGGUGUUUACCGGGCCUUCCAGAUACUUGGAACGAGCUUCUCUUUGCCAAGCUAUUCUAUCCUUGAAAACACCUCAUCAAAUUUUAUAGAUCACUUAUUUUCUUUCUAAUUGAUUUUGUCCUGCCCCACCAGCCAUUUAAGAAUUUUUUUUCUAUUUUUAUUUCCAUUACAAGAUUUUGGUGUCAACUGGUGGACAAAGGAAGAAGAAAAUUGAGCUC